CACCACCACACAACACUACAAAAGGCAGUCAAAUAUGGCUUCUGGCGGUCACAUGCCAGCUCCGGUGUGUCUCAUUGAAAAUGGUCACGACGGUAAACUGUGCGUUACAAAAGAUGCCAUAGACAUUCUAAAUGGGAUCAAUGAGCCGGUGGUGGUCGUGUCCAUAGUGGGUCUCUACCGUACGGGGAAGUCUUACCUUAUGAACCGCUUAGCAGGACAACAGUCAGGCUUUGCUCUUGGUAACACUGUUGAGUCAAAGACCAAAGGCGUCUGGAUGUGGUGUGUCCCUCAUCCAUCUGUAAAAGGACAGACUCUGAUGCUGCUGGACACCGAAGGACUGGGUGACGUGCAAAAAGGAGACUCUAAGAACGACGGCUGGAUCUUCUGUCUGGCUGUUCUGCUCAGCAGCACUCUGGUGUACAACAGUAGAGGAACCAUCGAUAAUGAUGCAGUACAAAAGCUGCAAUACAUUACUGAGCUCGCUGAGCAGAUCAAGAUCAGAUCACCAUCAUCUCCAUCGGAAGAUGAGGAGGAGGAAGAAAAUUCUCAGUUUGUGUGUUUUUUUCCAUCAUUUGUCUGGGCUGUGAGGGAUUUCACCUUGGAUCUGAAAAUUAAUGGGAGAAAAGCAACAGAGGAUGAAUAUCUUCAAUAUGCUCUUGAGCUGAAGAAAGGUUUGAGUAAGAAAAACACUGACUACAACCUGCCUCGUGAGUGUAUCCGAAGAUAUUUCCCUUCCCGGAAGUGUUUCGUGUUUCUACCUCCAGCCUCACCGGAAAACAUGAGACGUCUAGAGAGCCUACGUUUAGAGGACCUGGUGGCAGAUUUUCGAGAAGCCACACAUCGUUUCUGUGAAUACAUAUUUCUCAAGAGUCCUGUGAAAACACUGAAAGGAGGACACAGAGUUACUGGGAAAUUGCUGGGUCAGUUGGCUCAGAUUUAUGUAGAGACCAUCAAGGGUAAAGUUCCCUGUCUGGACAAUGCUGUGGUCGCUCUUGCAAAUCUAGAGAACAAGGCAGCUGUUCAAGAAGCUUUCAAAGUGUAUCAGAGUGGAAUGGAGGAAGUAAAGAAUAAGUUUCCAGUUAGCAUGGAGAAUAUUACCAGUGUGCACCAGAAGUCCAGCAGUCUGGCCACUUCAGAAUUCAUGACACGCUCCUUUAAAGAUGAAAAAGGAGAAUACGUUACAAACCUAAAGCAAGAUAUCGAUAUGUACUAUGUAGUACUGAUGGAAGAGAAUGAGAUGGCAUCAGAGAGGAAGUGUAAAGAGCUGCUGAAGGAUCUGUUCUCUGACAUGAAUGAACGACUGCAGAAUGGAGAAUACAGUCAGUGUGGAGGAUAUGAAAUCUACUGCAGAGACAGAGACGCCAUCAUUGCACAGUACCGCAGAGAACCAAACAAGGGAGUCAAGGCUGAGGCCGUACUGAAUGAGUUCUUGAAUGAGAGAGCAGCUGAGGCAAACAGCAUCCUUCACGCUGAUAAAAAACUCACUGAGAGUGAAAGGGAGAUCAAAGAGCGGAAAGAGAUGGAAGAUCUUCUGCAGCAGAAGUGUAAAGAGGAAGAAGAGAAGCGUAUUGAGAGCGAGCGAAUGAUGAAGGUGGAGCAAGAGCGCCAGAAGGACACAGUAAAGCAGAUGGAGGAGAAAUUCAACAAGGAGAUGGAGCAACGGCGAGAGGAGAUGGACAGAGCUAUGGAGAGCAAACUGAAGGAACAGGAAGAGCUGCUGAGCAAAGGCUUUAAGGAGAAAGCUGAUGAGCUGCAUGAAGAGAUCAAGAGUUUCAAAGAAAAAAAAGAGGCCAUAAGUGUUGGUGGCAUUUUUAAAGAUUAUGUGAUGCCUCUUCUUGGAACCGGCGCAGACCUGCUUUCUAACAUAUUCAUGCACAGAUCAUUAUUGAAAGGCCUGAAAGCAUUAAAAUAAUAACCUGGUUUUAGAUUUGUGCCAUUGAAGUAUAGAACAAGGAUGCUGGUUUGGUUUGGUUCGAUGUAUUUGGUUUGGCAGGUUUGCCUGCAUCAUGAUCCUAUCUCAUUUAUUCUCUUAAUCAAUUGUCAAUCACCUCUCCUGUGGACUUUCUGUUGUUUAUGAACCAAUUUUAUAUUUUGAAUAAAUCAGUGUUAUUCUUUUAAGUAGUAUUUAAAGUACACAGACGUUAUGCAAGAUGUGCAUCCAUUUAGGCUACAGUUGUUUUUUUUCAAUCUUGUUAUUGCAUGAGAAAUGUGCUACUGUAUAUACGAUAGUAAAUCAUAUUUGGCAACAAACCUUUCAUUUACUAAGGCAAAUAAUGUUCUUGCAAAUAAACCAUUAUUAUUAUGUAUACAAGUGUUCAUUUUAAUGGGAAAACUCAACCAUGAAAAACAUUCUGCCAUUUAUUUACCCUCAUGCCAUUUAACACCUUUGACAAAUAACU